ACCGCAGCUGGCCCUCCUCCAACUCCUCCGUCCUGGUUGCCACGACUCCCCCAACAAGAGGCAUCAGUAGUUUGCGAAGAUACAGCUUCAGAUACUGGCAUUUAAAGACGAUCAGGUAAAUUUCCAAUAGUCUUAUGCACGUAACAUCAACAGUUUGGGGGAAAAAAUAAUUAAGGGUGAAAAUACCACUACAAAUGGCUAUUGCAAGUUGCUUAGGGCUAAUAAAGAAAUAAAUGUUGGUUUUCUACAGUGAUGUAGACAUUGAAGUGCAUACUAAUCAAGACUAAAAACCCUUUUAUCCUUUAAACUCUAUUUUACAGCGCUAAAGAUUGACACUGUUGAUUUUAGUUCACUUUUAAUAGUUUUGAUCCCCUUUGUAUAAUGCAAAUUUGGGUUUGCAUACUUAAUAAGCGAAGAUUUGUUAUUUAUUAAGUUGACGACUUCUAAACUUACAUUUUAGUCCAAAGCUACAGGGAGUUAAAGGUAAGGUUCUAAACCAUGUUGAGGUCAAAUAUAAGCAACAAUUGCUUAUUCCACUGUUUCUUAAAAACGUUACAAAGUGUCCAUUUGAUUAGUUCACUCUUUCGCCAGUGGAUGCUGUAAACACUCUGCUUCAUCUUGUGACUACAAGUCCGAGCGGACAAACUGGGCAAAAAACUUACCCACCAAACAAGAACAUUUCGGGUACUCACUGCUAUUCAAGGACGUUUAUGGAAUGCAAAUGCAAGAGCAGUACGAAUACGUGCUGGGUGACUAAAAUUGAUCUCCAUGAUUACCAGUUAAGCGGUCCAAUACCUAAGGAAAUUGGAAAUCUUGCUUAUUUGAAAUCACUUGAUCUCUCAGGUCAGGAUUUAACAGGUUCUAUACCACCAGAAAUUGGAAACCUAUCUCAUUUGGAAUCACUAAACUUGAGUUCAAAUAGUCUUGUGGGCUCAAUUCCCAACACUUUUGUGAAGUUGUCUCAGCUUUCGGUACUCAAGUUAUGUGAUAACAAGUUGGAAGGACCGCUACCGAAGUUCCUUCCUGAACUGAAGUCAUUACGAAGCUUAUAUUUGUGCAAUAAUUUGUUUAAUGAAUCAAUUCCGCCGGAAAUCGGAGGUUGUCCAAAGCUUGAAUACCUGUCUUUAUCUAAUAAUUCUUUGUCGGGGAAAUUGCCAGAUGAGUUGGGGCAUGUUUCAACACUUCGAGGACUGUAUUUGGCUGAUAAUCAAUUUUGGGGUCGGCUUCCUGAAUCACUGGGAAGCCUAGCUCAUCUUGAAGAGAUGUCUGUGAUGAACAAUCUUUUUGAUGAUCAGUUGCCUCAAAGCUUUCGGUACUUGAAAAAGUUGGAGUAUUUCAAUAUUUUAGGAAAUGCUUUCAACAAGAGCAUCCCCGGAUAUAUUUUCGAGUGGCCCGAACUUGAAAAAUUGAUACUGAUGGGAAACAAUUUUGAAGGGCAUUUACCAAAUAAAAUAUUAGGAUUGCCAAAGAUGGCUUACCUGGCCAUAAAUAACUUACCUGGAGGAAAGACAGAUGUUUCGUUUCCCGAUAUUCACAAUAUGGUGUCUCUGUAUUUCUUGACAUUGAGGAAUUGUUCACUCACUGGUCCAAUUCCGGAUUAUAUCUGGCGGUUCACAAACCUGUUUUACCUGGACUUGAGUUUCAAUAAUUUGACGGGGAAAAUUCCGCCAGACUUGAACCAGUCCCAGCCACAGUUCGUCUUUCUCAGAAGUAACAAACUCAAUGGCACAGUACCAGGAUGGCUGACGAGUUUGAGUAACUCUGGCUCAUAUGUGGAUGUUUCUGAAAAUUCCUUUACAAAUGUGAACUUGACUAACGGCAAUAUAUCUUCAAAUCUGAACUUGUUCGAAUGCCGCUCUCAAUAUAGUGAUACGAGAUCGAAAUGGCAACAAGCUGGCUACCACUGUGACAAUGACACACAAAUUUAUGAUCAUUUGUACAUUAAUUGUGGGGGAAAUGCAACAUCAGUAGAUGGCCAUGAUUUUGAAGCUGAUACGCAAUCAGAUGGUGGAUCAACUUUCUUUCUGAGUACAAAUAAGACUUGGGCUUAUAGUAGUAUGGGAACGUUCCUGGAUGCAGAUGAAGAUGAAUUCAUUCUAGAUAAAACAUGCAAUAUAUCCAACACUGAUGUAUCUUUGUACUCAAAUGCGCGCAUAGCUCCAAUAUCGUUGAAAUAUUAUGGAUUUUGUUUGAAAAAUGGCAGCUAUACGGUUCAACUUCACUUUGCUGAAAUAGGAUGGGAUACAAAUGGAUCUUCUACAAUCGGGAAGAGGGUUUUUGAUGUGGAUGUUCAGGGCGGCCAGUAUUACCUGAGAGAUUUUGAUAUACAAAAAGAGGCAGGAGAUGUCAAUAAGGUGAUAACCAAGGAGUACAAUGUAUCUGUAACUAACUCAAGACUGGAGAUUCAUUUAUAUUGGACUGGGAAAGGUUCAACUUACAACCCAACAAAAUACUAUGGUCCCUCAAUAUCAGCUAUUUCCGUGUAUCCUGUACCUAGGCCAGAACCAGUUCCAGUUCCACCUCCACCUCCAGGGAAAAACAAAUUUCCUCGCUCUGCUAUUGCCGGGAUAGUUGGAUCUGCGCUGGUUUUUGGCAUAUUAAUCUUGGCUCUAUCCUGGGCAUUAGUCAGGAUUCGUCAUAGAAAGCUCAAAGGCUUGGAGCUACAUCCCGGAGUGGUCUUCGACUACAAAAAAUUAAAGGCUGCCACCAAUGGUUUUGCUCCUGAUAACAAGAUAGAUGGAGUCGGAAAUGUCUACAAGGGUGAACUCGAUGGGAUUCAAAUAGCAGUCAAGCAGCUUUCAGCGAAGUCAGAAGAAGGGGCCCACGAAUUUGUAACCGCAAUUGGUACAAUUUCUGCACUAAAACAUCCAAAUCUUGCAACGCUAAUGGGAUCCUGUACCGAGCAAAACCAACUCCUACUUGUCUACAAGUACAUGGAAAAAGUCUCCCUUCAACAUGCUUUAUUUGGUCCAGCAGAAGCCAAAUUAGAACUAAACUGGGAAACAAGGGCUAAGAUUUGCCUUGGGGUGGCAAAAGGUUUGGCUUGUCUUCACGAGUCCAAACUACAAGUCAUACAUUGCAACAUCAAACCAACAAACAUACUUCUUGACAAGGAUUUUACCGUGAAGAUAUCCGACUUCGGAUACUCCCAAUUUCAUGAUUCUCGGCAUGUUGAUGCCCAGCCCAAUAAAGGCAAAACUGCCCUUGGUAGUCAUGAUUCUCAGCAUGUUGAUGCCCCGCUUGUUAAAGACAAAACUGCUCUUGGUAGUUUGCCAAAACCAAAAAUAACGGGGCAUAUGGCACCUGAGCAGAUACAAGGCAUCCCCUUAACACCUAAAGCGGAUGUUUAUAGCUUUGGAAUCAUCACACUUGAAGUUGUUAGCGGACAGGAAUUUUGCACAUUGAGGUCAAAGGAUUCAAAUGACUACCUCCUGAAUAAGGCUUAUAAACACCAGGAGGAGGGGAAUCUUAUAGCUUUAGUUGAUCCAGAUCUGAAAUCAAACUAUAAACCCGAUGAAGCACUUAGAAUGCUAUGUUUAGCAAUGAAAUGUGUGAACCAAAGCUUCGAUCUCAGGCCUACCAUGUCAUCUGUGGUUAAAAUUCUUGAAGGCAAUGAGAAAUUUGACAUCAGCUCUGCCUCAAAACCUCGGUCUACUCAUUCUGGGAGUACUUCUCAUGGGGAAACUUCAAAUACAACUAUUUCUCCAUCUACCGGCAAUGAAAUUGAUGAUUCUCAACGUCACUGAUUAAUGUUUUGGGAUCAGAAACCAUUGAGAUGGAAUAUGGUAUUGUUCUUUCACUAUUUUGUGGAUGCUUACAGAUGCCCCUUUCUGUGUGUGAAUAUGUAUUCUGCAAAAACAUAUUUUUGGUUUAUGUAUGGUGUAUCAACUGCUAUUUCAAAUUUCAAUGAGUUCCAAAUUUCAAGAAAACAUAAUAUCUUUUUCCAUGA